AUGUCGGGUGAAGUUUCAGAUGAUAUUGAUGGUGAAGCCGAGCUUGAAGAAGAAGAUGCGAAGAUAGAUGAAAACAAGUGUGAGAAAGAUAUGAUCAACGAAAAGUAUGUCCGUUUUUCUCUGGUUGAUGUUUUGAAGAAGGGUCAACAUUUUACUAGCAAAGCAGCUCUGCAGGCAACAAUGGAAAUAUGCGCAAUGAAACAUAAUUUCGACUACAAGGUUGGCAAAACGGAUAGAAGAGUUUGGUACGUUCGUUGCGCGGAUGAUGAUUGCCGCUGGCGUGUUCGUGCAGAGGGAUUAAUAGGUUCUUCAUAUUUUAUCAUCAAAAAGUAUGAACCUGAUCAUUCAUGUUCUCCAUCAUCAAGGAACCACUCUGUUCGGACCGCUUCAUCAAAAACAGUUGGUACUCUCAUUAAGCAUAAGUACGAAACUGUCAAGGAAGGGCUGAAACCUAAUGAUAUCAUCCAGUUUAUGCGUAAUGAUCAUGGAGUUGAGAUAUCCUACUCUUUAGCUUGGGAGGCACGUGAGUAUGCAGUAAAUGUUGUGAGAGGCAUUCCGGAGAAGGGUUAUGAAAAAAUUCCCAAAUACUUGCACAUGAUGAAGGAAGCUAAUCCAGGAUCACACACAUUUUACGAAACUGAUAGCAAUGGGAGAUUCAAAUUCCUCUUCAUCUCAUAUGGUCAGUCUAUUCGCGGUUUUUAUGCUGCCAUUCGGAAAGUUAUUGUUGUGGAUGGGACUUUCUUGAAGAGCAAAUACAAAGGAGUGUUACUGGUUGCUACUGCUUUGGAUGAAAACUCGAACCUAUAUCCUAUUGCAUUUGGAGUUGUCGACUCAGAGAAUGACCGCUCGUGGGAAUGGUUUAUGAGACAACUUAAUGGUGUCAUUGCUGAUGAUCAGGGUUUAGCUUUUGUGUCUGACCGGAAUACUUCACUUGCUAAAGCUAUUGCAAAAGUGUAUCCGCAUGCUCAUCACGAAAUUUGCAUUCACCACUUGCCGAACAAUGUUGUUACAUAUUUCAAGGGUAAAGUAGUCGUUGGUUUGGUUGCAAAGGCUUCUAAAGCUUACCGAGUUACUGAUUUUAAGAAGAAAUUCACUGCUAUUUUCUCAAUUAGUCCUGCAAUUGGAACCUAUCUAAUACAAGCUGAUGUGAGAAAGUGGGCUCGUUGUCAAUUUCCGGGUUACAGGUACGAUGUUAGGACCAAUAACCCUGCUGAAUCAAUAAAUUAUGCUUUGCGUUCGCCAAGAGAGUUUCCAGUUAUACCUUUGUUGGACAGCAUAAGGGAAAUGAUGACUCGAUGGUUUUUCAAACGUAGAACUUUAAGGUCUAAGCAUAAACAUCCACAAACCGUUGUUGUAGAGAAGAAGAUUGAUCGAAGGAUUGAGAAGGGUAAGAAGUUCAGACACGCCAUAAAAGCAGCUUUCAGCGUAGGCAUACAAGCACACACACUCACUGACGACAUGUACACCACUGCUUCAUGGAGAUCGAUUUAUGAGGAAAGCAUAAAUCCUAUUGGUGUCUCGGAAGAUGCAUGGAUUGUCCCAUCUCACGUUCAGCAAGCGAAAGUCUUUCCUCCAGAAACUAGAAGAGCUGCAGGUCGGAGAAAGAAACGUAGGUACGAGACAGUUGAAGACAAGAUCCGCUCGUCACAAGGAACUCAAACCUCUAAACGUCGUAAAUGCAGUCGAUGUGGUAUUGAAGGUCACAACCGGUCGACCUGUGAUAGAGCAAUAUAG